GGCAGUUCAAACGCGCCGUCUACUUGACGAAACCCUUUCCCGCCCACACAGAGAGUGAAUGCGAAAUGGAGCAUGUACAUACAACCAGUGACAUCAGAAGAGAGCGCAAUUGUAAUGUAGACGAAGAUCGUUCAGAACCUACAGAAACGCUGGAUAAAAUGGUGGAAGAUCAUAGUCUUGCCCGACAGAUCGCCGAAAUCCUUGACGAGUGCGGGCUCUCCCACGCCGUCCAUACCCGGAAAUUGAAGGAGCUCAUCGCGAUCCGCUCCUCUGCUCCCACUGAUUGCUUCUUUCCUUCUUUUGUCCGGGCUCUCAGACCCCUCUUUGAUCUCUCCCGGCGGACACCGUCAUCAGAGCGUGCCGUGCGGUUCGUUGCGGCCUUCGCCGCCCGUCGUGACGGCAAGAACAAUCACGGCACUGAUGCUUUUCUUGAGGAACUGCUGCGAUUCCUUCUCAUAGGUACAAAGGCUGCCCAACGGGCUGCCAGGUUUAGAUCGUGCCAUAUUAUCCUAGAGAUUAUUAUGCGUCUACCAGAUGAUACAGAAGUGAGUGACGAAGUGUGGGAUGAGGUUAUAGAAAACAUGAAGCAUCGCCUAGAAGACAAAGUGCCAACGAUCCGUGGCUUUGCAGUAUGUGCAUUAUCACGCUUUGCAAUUGAUGCAGAGAACUCAAAUAUAGUUGAACUCUUCCUGAAGAACUUGUCUCAGGAGCAAAAUCCUGACGUUCGUAAAAUGAUUGUUCUAUCGCUGCCACCUUCUAUUGCUACGUCUUAUUCAGUUGUUGAAUCUACUCUUGAUGUUAGUGAGGCAGUUAGGAAGGCUGCAUACUUCGUAUUGGGAAGUAAAUUUCCGCUUCAAAGUCUUAGCAUUAAGCUUAGGACUGCUGUUCUCCAGAGGGGCCUUUCAGAUAGGUCUCCACCAGUCAUGAAAGAGUGCAUUAAGAUGCUGAAAGAACAGUGGUUUGGAAAAUGCUGCAAUCAGGAUCCUCUUGCUCUCUUGAGAUUUCUUGAUGUAGAAACCUACGAGUCAGUUGGAGAAGCAGUGAUGGAUGUACUUUUAAAAGAUGGUAUGGUGCAUGUUAAGGAAGGUCAGACUAUCAGACAAUAUUUGUCAAAAUCAGAUGGAAGUGAAGGAAAUUGCACUUCUGUUAUUCAGCUAUUGGAGGCAGAAGCUGCACUUUACUGGAGGAAACUUUGUAGACAUCUGCAAAAUGAAGCUCAAGUUAAAGGUUCUGAUGCCGCAAAUACUACUGGUACUGAAGCAGUUGUUUAUGCAUCAGAGGCUUCAGAAAAGAAUGACCUUCUGGAGACUGUCCUUCCGGAGACAAUAUCUGAUUAUGUUGAUUUGGUGAGAGCUCACCUUUUGGCAGGAUCAGCAUAUCGCUUUGUCUCGAGGCAGUUAUUACUGCUGGGAGCAAUGCUUGAUUUUUCAGACAGCACAAACAGGAAGAUUGCUAGUUCUUUCGUGCAGGAACUUUUACUCAGGCCUAUUGAGUUUGAUCUUGAUGACAAUGGGAACAAGAUUGUCAUGGGCGAUGGAGUUAGUUUGGGUGGAGAUAGGUACUGGGCGAGAGCCGUUGCAGAACUGGCGAGAAGAGUUUACGCUGCUGCUGGAGAAUUUGAAGCUUCCGUUACUAGUGUUUUGAAGGAGCUCCUUCAACCUUGCCGAGAAAGAACAGCAGAUUUUACGCAGUGGAUGCAUUGCUUAGCAGUAGCUGCACUACUAUUAGAGAACAUUAGAUCUCUACGGGACCUAUACGGGAAAGCAAUUGAACCCACUGAACUGUUGCAUUCUCUAUUGAUCCCUGGGGCAAAACAAGCUCACCUUGAUUUACAAAGGGCUGCUACAAGAUGCCUGUGUCUUUUUGGACUGCUAGAGUGGAGACCAAGUGGAGACAUAGUAAAGCAGCUGAGGCUGCUCUUCACGGAUGGCCCUGCUCUAGUUAGUGUGAUGUCCUGUAAGGCGUUGGUUGAUCUCAUCACAUGGCAUGGCCCUGAAGUGGUUGAUAGAGCCAUAAAUCUGGAUCCUGAGCAUUCAGUCUCUGAUGCAACUAAGCUUGGAUCGCCUGGUUCCUUGAAUUUGGAGCAUAAUGCAAGCACCGGAGUGAUUAAUCUCUUAUAUGCUGCGAUGGAAAAAGAUAUUAGCCCCUCAACAAACCAAAAUGAGGAAGAUGAAAGUCUUCAUUCUGUUCUUGGAGAAGGCUUUGCGAAGCUUCUCCUUUGGAGUGAGAAAUAUCCGAGCAUACCUAUCUGUUAUCAUCAUUUGCUCUUGCGCAGGUUGAUUAGCUUGUAUUUCAGUGAUGAAACCAAGGAGAUGCAUAGGUUAACACAAUGCUUGUCUGUAUUCUUCGAGCAUUAUCCAGUGCUCUUACCCAAACAUAAGGGGUGCGUUUCCAGAGCUUUUGUUCCUGUCAUGCGUUCAAUGUGGCCUGGUGUUUAUGGUAAUCCAGGAGGUUCUCCUCCUUCCGUUUUCAAAAGGAGAAAGCUCGCAGUCCAAGCUUCACGGUUCAUGUUGCAAAUGAUGCAGAUGCCUAUGCUUUCCAAAGAAUUUGAGGACGAACAUUCCUCUGACAAAAGCCCGAGAAGUUCUUCUCUUUCAUCAAGUUCAAAACUUGAACUUGAUUGCGGAGAAGAUGGACUUGCAAUUCGCAUUGCCGCAGAGGUUACAAAUUACACGGAGAAGAAGACCUCUGCUGCGAAGUCUUAUCUCGCAGCCUUGUGUAGAAUUGCUGUGCUUAUACAAUUCAGAUCAGAGGAACAGGAAGCCAUAAAAUGCAUGCGGGGCCUCAUACACGGCAUGAUUUCAGCGGUUUCAACCGAUAAGGAACUUGUGAGAGAACUGAAUCUGAUGGCUGCAAGACUCAGAUCCCUUGAUCUACAGCCUGAUCAGGAACUCCCACAUGAUCUUGCUUCUGCCAUUUUUGAGAAGCUUGGAUUGGAUGGUAAUCUCAGAUUCGAUCCGUCGGCAAUGCCGCCGGUAACUCCACAACCGUUCUCAGCCAGGGCUGCCCCCGUACGACGAAGGGUGCGGCGAGAGCCUUCGGACAAUGAUGAUGACGAUGAUGAUGUAGAAGAUGCUGCUGCAGCUACUUUCCAUGUCCCGUUCACUCCUAGCGUCGUGAACUCGCGUUCUCAGAGAGCUAGCAAGACAGCUGCAAUGAGCAGGAUGACCGCAAAAACAAAAUUUGAGUUCUCAGAAGAUGAUGAUGAUGAUGAUGAUGAUGAUGGAGAUAGCUCUGAUUUGACCUCGGAGGGGGAUUCAGAUGAAGAUGAUUAUGGGGUUGCAGAAUAGAUCAUGUAAGUUUGAUUUGAAUAUGAUUAAAUGCAUUGAUACAUGUAGUUUAUGUUUCUAGCUUUAAGGUUCUCUGCUUCUCAUGGAAGUUUGAUGUGAUUGCAAAUUUGGAUUUUAGGAAAGGCAUAAAUUUGAUUUAGGAAGUUUUACAUAUAUGACACUAUAUUCCUUUGUAUUUGCAUAUAACACCUAGACUUCAAUUU